AUGUCGAGCGUUGUCGAGUCGGACCUCGCGGCUUCCAAGUCCACCGUGCAUCCGCCAAGGGAUCCGUUGGCUCACGGGCCACAGGCAGCAGAUUUCUGGGCAACGCCGGGCGACAGCUCCGUUUACUUUCACUCCCCAUCGAUCGAGCAAAGCCCUGCGCCGGGCGAAGACAUCCUCGCACUGACAGUGGAUCAGCUGAGCAGUCCAUCACAACUUCAGGGGCUACUGAGUGCGGAUGAUGAGCUCAGCGCGAUGCUCCACAUGGGCUGGGACUCGAGCACUGCGCUCGACAUGGAUGUUGUUGAUCCACUCCUUGAUCCGUGGAAGGGCGUGCUCCCCCCGACUACUCCCCUACCACAAUGCUCAAGCCCGGCAAGCUCGCUGAUGCGGUUCCAAGAGGAAAUAGACCAGCGAAUUACGACGAUGGACGCAUACUACUCGGACCCCCUCGAAGUUGUGCAGGGCUGCAAAGAGGAGGGUGCGGGCCGGGAGCCCGAGAAUCCGGCUGCGGUACUCCUUACGUGCAGCAAAGAGUUCAUCGACAUCAUCCAGAGCUUGACGCCGGCUGGUCGGACGCACAAACAGAGCGAGGAUGCGCUUAGCACGGAGAUCGUGCUCCUGGCUUUGUCGAGCUACCUAUCCUUGAUGAGGCUCUUCGACGCUAUGUUCCACACCAUCCACAAAUUCAUCUCCCAGAUGCCGCCGGACUCGUUCAAGUCCGUCAAGGUCAAGUCGGUGCUCCGCAUCGGCGGCAUCUCUUCGCUCCAGGAUAUGCCGCUCAAGAUAUAUGCCACGGGCAUCCUCGAUGCCAUCCAGGGCCAGGUGCGGACUCUGGAGCGCUGCAUGGGGAUUCCGACCGAAUACUGUCUCUCGGGCGAGGCGGCUGCCUCACCCCCGGCGGCCGCCCCGGGGAUAUUGUCCCGUGCGGAUCGAGCAUGGUUGUUUUGUGCUGUUUUGGCACAGGAGGAUGUCAAGUCACGACAGGGAAGCAAGUCGUACGUAGAGUCGAUACGAGCCAGCAUCCAGGAGUCGAUGGGAUUUCUCGAUGACUAG